ACUUCACCUCAUCAAAUAAUCCAAGGAAUAUACUCGAACCCAUAUGUUCAAUUUCCUCUCUUUAUAAUGCCUGCUACUCCCUCUUGAGCAACAUUUCCCCCCAACUCCCUCUUUCUUUUCUUUCCUCCCUUCCAUUUCCCAUACAACAAACAGAAAGACAAAAGAAGGAUGAUGAUGAAGCCAUUGGUGCUGUUUCUGCUGCAGAUGUUAAUGUCAUCAUGCCUUGUGAUGGUCGACUGUUUUGGUCCAUGCGAGCUGGACAGAGUGGUUCAGUUGCCCGGCCAGCCGCCGGUGAUGUUCCAGCAGUAUUCUGGCUACAUCACCGUCGACGAAAAGAAGCAGAAAUCUCUGUUCUACUACUUUGCUGAAGCUGAAUUCGACCCAUUUUCCAAGCCGCUCGUCCUCUGGCUCAACGGAGGGCCCGGUUGUUCUUCCCUGGGAGUUGGCGCUUUCUCUGAGAAUGGGCCGUUCAGACCAAAUGGGCAAGUCUUGAUUAGGAAUGAGCACAGCUGGAACACAGAAGCGAAUAUGUUGUACUUGGAGGCGCCAAUUGGAGUUGGGUUCUCUUAUGCCGCGGAUUCCUCUGCAUAUGACGGCGUCACUGAUCUCAUUACCGCCAGGGACAAUCUAGCCUUCUUGCAAAAAUGGCUCCUCAAAUUCCCACAGUACAAGAACAGAAGCUUGUUCAUAACAGGAGAAAGCUAUGCAGGUCAUUACAUACCCCAACUGGCAGAGCUAAUGCUACAGCACAACAAGAAGGAAUAUCUCUUCAAUUUGAAAGGACUUGCUCUGGGGAAUCCAGUGCUUGAAUUUGCCACAGACUUCAACUCGAGGGCAGAGUUCUUCUGGUCCCACGGCCUAAUCUCAGACACCACCUACAAAAUGUUCACCUCCACUUGCAACUACUCCCGCUAUGUCAGCGAGUACUACAGAGGUUCAGUCUCUGCUCCUUGUUCGAGGGUGAUGACCCAAGUCAGCACCGAGACCAGCAAAUUCGUGGACAAGUAUGAUGUCACUCUCGAUGUCUGCAUUUCGUCAGUCCUCUCUCAAACCAAAGCACUGCGUCCUCAGGAAGUUGCUGAAUCGAUCGAUGUCUGCGUGGAAGACGAGACUGUUAAUUACCUCAACAGGGUCGAUGUCCAGAUGGCUCUCCAUGCUCGUCUCGUUGGAGUUCGGAGAUGGAGCGUGUGUAGCAACAUACUGGAUUAUGAGCUGCUUGAUUUGGAGAUACCGACCAUAGGGGCCGUGGGGAGGCUCAUCAAGGCCGGAAUUCCAGUGCUAGUUUACAGUGGAGACCAAGACUCAGUUAUUCCACUGACUGGAAGUAGGAUGCUGGUGAAUGGACUGGCUAAGGAAUUGGGUUUGACGACUUCUGUCCCUUACAGAGUUUGGUUUGCUGGGCAGCAGGUUGGUGGGUGGACUCAAGUGUAUGGGAAUAUCUUAUCUUUUGCUACCAUAAGAGGAGCAUCCCAUGAAGCACCAUUCUCUCAGCCUGAGAGGUCACUGGUUUUAUUCAAGGCCUUCCUAAAAGCUCAGCCUCUACCUGAGGCUUUCUGACGAUAGGUUCAAGUUGUGGAAAUUGAAUGUAGGAAAUCUGUAUAGUUCCUUUCUAUUUUCCCUUUUGAAGAAUAUGUUGGUAGUUUGUGAAGUGGAGUUCUAUGAAACAA